CAGGGGAGGGCUGCCCCGGCGGCGCGUGCUUGUAUACUAAAGGUUGAAAGUUACUCUGACAGUCUCACGCUAAUUGAUGACGCGUUGUAAAGACUUUUGGAAAAGAUAAAGGGAAACUUACCGUCGUCUUUCCAUCCGGGCGUUGCGCAGUUUUCUCAUUUAGUCUAAGUGUGUGGUUCUCCAUAUCACCGCGCAACUGCUCCUUAUUAAGUAAUUAUCAGAGAAAUAGUCGUCUCCAGUUUGCGUCUUUUAUGAUUUUUUUCUUCUUUUCUUUUCUUUCUUUUGUUCUGCCCACAUGCAAUUACUGUAUCAGAAAAGUUUAGCCCGAACAGAGACGUCGGACAUGCAGCCGGUCCGUUUAGAGAAAGUCUGAAUUGUUAAAUCAGUCUUCCUCCACAGAGCAUGGUCCCAUAAUCGGAACACAAAAAGAGGCAGAAAGUGAGAGAAAGACAGCGAGAAAAGAGCUUUGGGACACUUCAAGUUGCGUUUGCGCGAACGUCUGCUUCACACAUCCAGGUGUCCCGCCAAGCGGUGCGCAGUCUCCAGCUCAGGCCGGCAGUGCUGACAUGCUGCCCAAAGUCGAGACUGAAUCCUUGGGACUCACUCGAUCGUAUGGGGAACAGGGGCACAUGCCAAGAAACAUGCAAGCACCCCAGUUAAAAAUGAUGGACUACUCCUAUGACGAAGAUCUGGACGAGAUGUGUCCCGUGUGCGGAGACAAGGUUUCAGGAUAUCACUACGGACUAUUGACCUGCGAAAGUUGCAAGGGCUUCUUCAAGCGCACCGUCCAGAACAACAAGCGUUACACAUGUAUAGAGAACCAGAGCUGCCAGAUUGACAAGACCCAGAGAAAGCGCUGCCCGUACUGCCGCUUCCAAAAGUGCCUCACCGUCGGCAUGAAGCUAGAAGCUGUACGGGCGGACCGCAUGCGAGGCGGUCGCAACAAGUUCGGCCCAAUGUACAAACGUGACAGAGCCCUCAAGCAGCAAAAGAAGGCACUUAUCCGAGCAAAUGGCCUGAAGAUCGAGGCCAUGAGCCAGGUGAUGCAAGCUGUACCCACUGACCUCACUAUAUCCUCAGCAAUCCAGAACAUCCACUCAGCAGCCUCCAAGGGCCUCCCACUGGGCCACCACGCUGGCCACCACACCAGUCACCACCAUCACCACCACCACCACCAUCACGCCACUGCUCUGCCUCCUACAGACUACGACCGCAGUCCAUUCGUCACUUCGCCAGUCAGUAUGGCAAUGCCGCCACAUGCUGGUAGUCUGCAAGGUUACCAGGCGGCUUAUGGACACUUCCAGAGCACACGCACCAUCAAAUCUGAGUACCCAGACCCAUACACCAGCUCGCCAGAGUCAAUCAUGGGCUAUGCUUAUGUUGACGCCUACCAGUCAGGUUCACCACCCAGCUUUCCCCACCUGAUUGUUGAAUUGCUAAAGUGUGAGCCAGAUGAGCCGCAGGUUCAGGCUAAGAUCCUCACCUAUCUACAGCAGGAGCAGGCCAGCCGGGGCAAACACGAGAAGCUCAACACCUUUGGUCUGAUGUGCAAGAUGGCCGACCAAACCCUCUUCUCCAUUGUGGAGUGGGCACGCAGCAGCAUUUUCUUCCGUGAACUCAAGGUGGAUGACCAGAUGAAGCUGCUGCAGAACUGUUGGAGUGAACUUCUCAUCCUCGACCACGUUUUCCGGCAGGUGGUGCAUGCCAAGGAGGGCUCCAUUCUAUUGGUUACAGGCCAGCAGGUGGACUAUGCAGUGAUUGCUUCACAGGCGGGGGCCACCCUCAACAAUCUGUUGAGCCACGCUCAAGAGCUGGUAGCCAAACUACGUUCCCUGCAGCUGGACCAACGGGAGUUCGUCUGCCUCAAGUUUCUCGUCCUUUUCAGUCUAGAUGUGAAGAACCUAGAGAACUUCCACCUGGUGGAGAGUGUGCAGGAGCAGGUCAAUGCAGCGCUGCUGGACUACGUUAUGUGCAACUACCCACAGCAAACGGACAAGUUUGGCCAGCUGCUCCUCCGGCUGCCUGAGAUCCGAGCCAUCAGCUUGCAGGCUGAAGAAUACCUUUACUACAAACACCUGAAUGGUGACGUGCCCUGCAACAACCUGCUUAUUGAAAUGCUGCACGCCAAAAGAGCUUAAAAGGGGACUGUCCCAACCCUUACAGCAGCUGCUAAGACAUCUUGAGAAUUUUUUUUCUGUUGCACAAGAACUCAACAUUGUGCGUUCACCAAAAUGAACCUCCAGCUUGCAGUAGACUGUGCAAUGAUGAGCAGGGGGAAGAGCAGCAAGUGUCAGAAACUCUUGUUAAUAUAGAGCUCAUUUCGGUGUUGCAGUAACAAGUUUAAGUGCAUAUUUGGUGACUAAUGAUAUGCACAGAUAAACAGCAUAUGGAUCCCUUUAUUGUAAAAAAAAAAAAAAAAAAAAUUCCCACAAGAAGAGUCACUUUUCCUCAGCCACAGAAAAAGACAAUGCUGAGGGAAAAAAGGAAAAAACACAACAAACUACAUUUGACACUAAA